CAGCGAGACAACUCAAAGCCGAAAACAUUUAAGGAGUUAUCAGAAUUUUAUAAAGCAAAAUCAUUGCAAAAGGUUAAUUCUGCCAAGCCGAAGAAGGAUUCACCUCAAAUGAUGAUGAUAAUUUUGGGAGGAAUGGUUUUUGAUCCAAUUCUUGGGCGUGGUGUGCGAAAGAGAUAUUUGCACGAGCCCAACCCCACUAAAGUGGAAAUGAGGAGGGAUAGCUCAUAUAACAAAGUGUUAAACAUGGCUGUAUCUAUCUUUUUUGAGUUGUAUAACCCAGAAUUAGAUAGUCCCAGCUUGGCUGAUUCCAAUGGAGUGACCAUUAAUGUUUCAUCUCGAGCCACUUGGACAAUUGGGACAUUCUAUCAAAGUAAUGGGCUUCAACCAAGUCGACACAAGUUGUAUGUUGUUUUACAGGUGAGUGACACAGAUCCAGCUUCCGAUGAUACUGCAGAUGAUCCUGGGAAUGUUGUUGUUGAGAAAAGUGGAAAAGGCGGAUCUAUGAAAACAACGGAGCCCGUUAUGAAACAAUGCAUAAGCUGCUCAAAGGAGUUCCGUACUUAUAUCCCUGAGACCAACUGUGAGCUUCCAGAUGGAAGGUCUUUCUACUAUUCUACACCUCAAAAUGAGUGCCCCCUCUGUGAUGCUAACCACUUUGGUGCUUUUAUGAACCACGAUCUGUUCCCUGAACUUGCAUAAUGAACAGAAAUGAUGUUGCUAAGCUCAUUAUACAGUUAUAGUAUGUGGUGUAAAAAAGUCACUAGUGUGUGGUAAAGUUCAAGACUUUCUUCAAAAGUAGUAGGCAUAGUCAAAUUGAAAAGUUCCAUUAUUCUAUUGGCAGCAACUGCAAAAAUUGGUUUAACGAAACUAGGUGUGGUGCAGUAGCUAUCUUCAAUCUCAUCAAGCAGUUCUUCAUCCACACAGCAGAUUCUGUUGUCCACUCCUUUGUGUUUGCAUUACAGCUAAUAGCAAUGUACAAUAAUAA